GUCGUGCGCUCCCGGCAGGGAAAGUCCAUCAGUUCGAUAAUGGAGGAGAACAAUGACUCCACGGAGAACCCCCCACAGAGCCAAGGGAGGCAGAACGCCAUCAAGUGUGGGUGGCUGAGGAAGCAAGGAGGCUUUGUCAAGACUUGGCAUACUCGCUGGUUUGUGCUCAAGGGGGAUCAGCUCUAUUAUUUCAAGGAUGAAGAUGAAACCAAGCCCUUGGGCACUAUUUUUCUGCCUGGAAAUAAAGUCCUUGAACAUCCUUGCAAUGAAGAAAACCCAGGGAAGUUCCUUUUUGAGGUAGUUCCAGGAGGCGAUCGAGAUCGGAUGACAGCAAAUCAUGAGAGCUACCUUCUCAUGGCGAGCACCCAAAAUGAUAUGGAAGACUGGGUGAAGUCCAUCCGCCGAGUCAUAUGGGGACCUUUCGGCGGGGGCAUUUUUGGACAGAAACUGGAAGACACUGUCCGCUAUGAGAAGAGAUACGGGAACCGUCUGGCCCCCAUGUUGGUGGAGCAGUGCGUGGACUUUAUCCGACAACGGGGGCUGAAGGAAGAGGGUCUCUUUCGACUGCCAGGCCAGGCUAAUCUUGUUAAAGAGCUCCAGGAUGCCUUUGACUGCGGAGAGAAGCCAUCAUUUGACAGCAACACAGAUGUACACACAGUGGCAUCGCUUCUUAAAUUGUAUCUCCGGGAACUUCCAGAACCAGUUAUUCCUUACGCAAAGUAUGAAGAUUUUUUGGCGUGUGCCAAGCUGCUGAGCAAGGAGGAGGAAGCAGGUGUUAAGGAAUUAGCAAAGCAGGUGAAGAGUUUGCCAGCGGUCAAUUACAACCUCCUCAAGUAUAUUUGCAGGUUCUUGGAUGAAGUACAGUCGUAUUCUGGAGUUAACAAAAUGAGUGUGCAGAACUUGGCAACUGUCUUUGGUCCUAAUAUCCUGAGACCCAAAGUGGAAGAUCCUUUGACUAUCAUGGAGGGCACUGUGGUGGUCCAGCAGCUGAUGUCAGUGAUGAUUAGCAAACAUGAUCGCCUCUUCCCCAAAGACGCAGAACUACAGAGCAAGCCCCAAGACGGCGUGAGCAACAACAACAAUGAAAUUCAGAAGAAAGCCACCGUGGGUCAGUUACAGAACAAGGAGAACAACAAUACCAAGGACAGCCCUGGGAGGCGGUGCUCUUGGGAUAAGUCCGAGUCACCUCAGAGAAGCAGCGUGGACAACGGGUCACCCACAGCUCUGUCAAGCAGCAAAACCAACAGCCCGAGGAGCAGUGUUCACAAGCCAGAUGUCUCCAGGAGCCCCCCUCUCAUGGUCAAAAAGAACCCAGCCUUCAGCAAGGGCAGUGGGAUAGUCACCAACGGCUCCUUCAGCAGCAGUAAUGCGGAAGGUUUCGAGAAAACCCAGACCACCCCCAACGGGAGCUUGCAGGCCAGAAGGACCUCUUCGCUGAAGGGGUCUGGCACCAAGAUGGGCACCCACAGCGUGCAGAAUGGGACGAUGCGUGUGGGUGUCUUGAACAGCGACACCCUCGGGAACCCUGUGAACGGUCGAAGCUUGAGCUGGCUGCCGAACGGCUACGUGACCCUGCGGGACAACAGGCAGAAAGAGCAGUGCGGAGAGUCGGGCCAGCACAACAGACUUUCCACCUACGACAACGUCCAUCAGCAGUUCUCCACGAUGAACCUCGACGACAAGCAGAGCGUGGACAGCGCCACCUGGUCCACUUCCUCCUGCGAAAUCUCCCUCCCCGAGAACUCCAACUCCUGCCGCUCUUCCACCACCACCUGCCCGGAGCAGGACUUUUAUGGUGGGAACUUUGAGGACCCCAUUUUGGAUGGGCCCCCGCAGGACGACCUUGCCCACCCCGGGGACUAUGAAAGCAAAAGCGACCGCAGGAGUGUGGGAGGUCGGAGCAGUCGCGCCACCAGCAGCAGUGACAACAGCGAGACAUUUGUUGGUAACAACACCAGCAACCACAGUGCCCUGCACAGUUUAGUGUCCAGCCUGAAACAGGAAAUGACCAAGCAGAAGAUAGAGUACGAGUCCAGGAUAAAGAGCUUAGAACAACGAAACUUGACUUUGGAAACAGAAAUGAUGAGUCUCCACGAUGAACUAGAUCAAGAGAGGAAAAAGUUUACAAUGAUAGAAAUCAAAAUGCGAAAUGCCGAGCGAGCAAAAGAAGACGCUGAGAAAAGAAAUGACAUGCUACAGAAGGAAAUGGAGCAGUUUUUUUCCACGUUUGGGGAGCUGACAGUGGAACCCCGGAGAACCGAGCGAGGAAACACGAUAUGGAUCCAGUGAGCCUGCGUCCCCACUGUCUCCUGGCUCUGGGAAGAACUCCGGGGGUUCUGGGGGGAUAGUAUGUGGGAUCAGGUGGCUGGUCACCUGGCUGUACAGAGCUCUGACUGGUGAAGGAAUAUCAUUUCCAGACGUUAACCAUCCGUAUCCGCGAUGUGUACCAAAGUUAUAUCAUGCCUCAUGAUGCUACUGUCAAGUGUUACAACUGGAUGUGUGUAUAUAGAGUAGUUUUUAAACCGUAAACUAAAAAUGAGAAGCAUAUCGCAAGAAUUAUUUUAUUGCAAGUCUUGUAUUUAAAAUGUUAAAUCGAUACGUUGUUGCAAUUUAGCUUGCUUUCAAGCUUCACCUCUUGCACUUAACAUGAGCUAUUUUUGGCAUUGUGUUAUCAUCAGCUUAUUUUAUAGAUCAAUAUUUUUAUUUCCCUUUUUGCUGAAGAAUUGAAGAUAAGCAGAAAUAUAAAUAUAUAUAUAUAAAUAUAUAUAAGAUGAGUUAUUAAAAUCAAAAGAAAAAUACUUUGUGGCUGUGCUAUUUGUGCCAAUAGACCUUGCCAUGACCAAAAAGAGAGAUGUAAAUAGUUUUAUAAAACACAGUAGCAUCACCAGGAACCUCUGACCUGCUCUUUCAGUCCUUGCCUUGGCACUUCUCAGUUUUGCUUUGUGAGACGACUUGACGUAGAAACUUGGAAGCUGCGUAAGAAAGCCCCAUCCAAGCCCCCUGCCUGCUUUGUCAGAUCCCUGGGCGAGUAUCUCCUACGCAGGAUGCUCCUCGAGGGCAACAAUGGUAAAGAAUGGCAUUUUACCAGCCGCGCCUUGAAUUACUCUGUUCUUCCGGAAUGAAUCUCUUUGACGGCUAGAUGGUUGUUACAGGAAUUCUUCCUGCAGUUUGAAAGUUGGGAAACAACACUUGCUAACCCGUGCCCACAUGAGCACCUGUCCGCCCCCUAAAACCUCUCUCUGCCCCCAGCAAUUACACGUUGGAACACCAGCAGUGAAAUGGCACCACUGUGUCCCUCUCGGUGCAGCUGCUACAGUGUGUGCCAGAUGGUGACAUUUUUCUCUCACUAAGGCUGCUGCAGCCUGGGGUUCCUUCUGCACUGUAGCUGGCAAAGGUGUUUUGCAGCAAGAGGAGGAUGGGGGGGUGCAGUUCGGGAGAACGACCAGGAGGAGAAAGAGAAAAGUUUGGAGGAAACAAACUAUUUUGCUUCGAAUUUUAACAUCAUUCUUCCCUGUUGAAAACAUAGUCAUUCACAAUAAUUUUAAAUCGUGAAUGUUUGAAGGUCCAAUUUUGACAAAUGUGAACAUCAGUAAUGCUAACUUUUUAGAAAAACCCAGCGCUCUCUGGAGCUAGAGUUUUGGAAGAACAAUUCUUCACACUUCAAUAAGGCAAUGAUUUUGGGAAGCCAGGCAAAUAAAUCUCACAAAAAGUCACAAAAGGCAUAAUUGGAAAUAAAGACCACAUACUUGAGUUCAUGAAAUUUGCGUUGUUUGAAGGUUGUGAGUUUGCGUGUGUUUAUUUUCAAGGGGACCAUGGUCUUCAUUCUUACCAGGGUCCUGCUUUUGUUUCCACCUGCCUGCUGAGCAAGUGUGGUGUGGUCCUUUGGUAUCAAGCAGUAUCUGUAUAGCAAUAACUUCUUUAUCUUUAGUUCCACUUUCCAAUUAUUUAACCAGAUACUUCCACAUGGAUAUCCUACAGGAAAUGCAAACUCAAAAUGUGCAAGAUUGAUCUCAGUAACUCUCCCUCUACACCUUUUCAUCUUUUUCCAGCCCCUAUCUUAAUUAAUGAAAACCUCAGACUCACCCAGGAAGCUGGGCGAUACAAUAGUAAUAAAAUAAAUGUCACGCAGUCAAACUGCUUGGGUUCAAAUUGUCUACAAUUUUCCAGCUGUUACCGAACCUCCAAUGCGUAACUUUUCCCUCUGUGCAAUUGGAAUAAUAAAAAUGCUGCUCCCAUAGA